AUGUCUGUCGACGAGAAGAAGUCGGCGUCCUUCGUGGAAGAGGCCUCUCCGGCCGAGGAACCGAGCCCCCGUCCUUCUCCGACGUGGACACCAGAGGAGGAGCGCGCCCUGGUCAGGAAACUCGACUGGAGGAUCAUGCCAAUCGCCUGCGUUAUGUAUCUUUUCGCCUACCUUGACCGCACAAAUCUGGGGAACGCGCGGCUGCAGGGAUUACCGCAAGAUACGCUCGGGGGUGACCCUACCGGCAAGCUCUUCGACUGGGUGAACUCGGCGUUCUUCUUCUCAUACAUCAUCUGCCAAAUCCCCGCUACUGUUCUUUCCAAGCUCUUCCCCCCACGGCUUUGGCUGGGAGGCGCGACCAUUGGGUGGGGUCUUUGCUCAACGCUCAUGUCUGCAAGCUUCAAUUUGGCAGGAUUGCUGGUCGCGCGCAUCAGUCUUGGGGUCUUCGAGGCAUGCUUCGGUCCCGGUAUCCCGCUUUACAUGUCGCUGUUCUACACCAAGGAGGAAAUGGGUAUGCGCAUGGCGUACUGGUUCAGCUUCGCCGCCAUUGCCGGCGCCUUCGGCGGUCUCAUCGCGUUCGGCAUUCAGGACGCGCACACAACCAUCGAGAACUGGCGGCUUUUGUUCAUCGUCGAGGGUGUCCCCACUGUACUAGUUGGAGUCCUCGCUAUGUUCAUUCUCCCAAACAGGCCGGAGGAGACGCACGUGUUCAAUGAGAAGGAACGCGAGAUUGCGCUGGACCGAGGAAGCCGCGGUCUCAAGGCUGAUACCGGACGCACGGUGAAUAAAAGCCAUAUCAUCGCCGCGUUUCAGGACUGGAGGAUCUACGCUGCUGGCGUGCUCUACUUCGGCGCGAACGUCGCACUCGCCUCUACUUCUGCAUUCCUGCCGACUAUUAUCAAGAGUUUUGGGUUUACCAACGCCCUUGCUCAACUGCUCACCGUGCCGCCCUACGUCGUUGCUGCGAUCGUGCUCUGCUCAUGCUCUUACAUCUCGGAUCGCAUCCAAAGUCGUGGCCUGUUUGCCGCGGGUGCUAGUGCUCUGGCCGGGAUCGGCUAUGUUCUAGUGCUCACCGUCCACGGCAACCAACACGUGCGCUACUUCGCGAUGUUUUGCAUCACCUCUGGCACAUACACGACGAUUGGGAUCGUCAUUGCAUGGUUCGCCCACAACCUUGGAUCAGAGACCAAAAAGGCAACAGGCACGCCCAUUUACAUGGCGAUUGGCCAGUGCGGGUCCGUGCUUGGGUCCCACUUGUAUCCCGCCACGGAGGGCCCUCUGUAUACCAAAGGAUUUGCGAUCGCCGCGGCGUUCGAGUUCCUUGCUGCUCUUGCUGCCAUCGUCCUUACGAUCUCCUACCGGCUCGAGAACCGGCGCCGCGACAAGCUCUAUGGUGUUCAACUGGACCCGAACGCGCCCGUCGACACCACUGAGCUGGCGGACAAGGCACCGAACUUCCGAUACACGCCCUGA